AUCAUACUAUCGGAAAUUGACGAAGACGACCGACCGACCCCCCGACGACCGACGCUCAACGACCCCACGACAAAUCCACGAACCUUCGAUCGGCGAGAGCACCCGCAGUAAACAAUGGCCGACACUAGACUUACUUACAGGCGGAGGAACCCGUACAACACCCGGUCCAACAAGGUCCGCGUUGUCAAGACCCCCGGUGGAAAGCUUCGGUACCUCCACAUCAAGAAGAAGGGUAGCCCGGUGAAGUGCGGUGACUGUGGCAUCAAGCUUCCUGGUAUCCCCGCCCUCCGCCCCCGCGAGUACGCCCAGAUCUCGAAGCCCAACAAGACCGUCCAGCGUGCCUACGGUGGAUCCCGCUGCGCCAACUGUGUCAAGGACCGCGUUGUUCGCGCGUUCUUGAUCGAGGAGCAAAAGAUCGUCAAGAAGGUCCUCAAGGACUCCGCCAAGAAGCGUUAAACGCUUUCUUUACUUCCUUCUUGUGCGUUUUUUUGUCAACAUAACUGGGAAUAAAAGCGGGUUUUCUUGUUCUUGUGGUGUUGGCCGGGCUGGGAAUUGUACAAUCGCGCAGGUCGACGGACACGGGUACCGGAAUACGAAGCGAAUCUUCAGUCAAUCUCGUACACGGCAAUGGCGUUGUGCUAUAGGGUGGUUUAAUGUCUAGACGAUGGUGACGAAGAUACUCGGUGUUGUCUGCAUAUGCGUCGUUGCCUUCCAAAUCUUUGUGCGUCUAAGGGUGUGAACGCGUUCCGAUUAUGUCCGCGAGGGAUGACAAAAUCUUUGGCCAUAAGAAUUGCACGUUACGUCUGCCUUGUAUUCUCAGCAGAUUUGAGGACUGAACGCCAAAUUCGACUGCCAUAAUCACCUUGCGCAAAGCUACUUUUCAUGUGUAACUUGUUUUCUCUAGCUGUCCCCUGCGCAUCCUCCACCAACGCGCAACCACAACUCAUCCA